AUGGGUUGGUUCAGCUCCGAUGAGAAGUCCUCCCUUGCGACUCACCCCGUCAACGUCGAUGUCACCACAAAGCACGGCUCCGCCGCUGAGCAAGAUCGCUUCGGCGAGCACUUCGGCGCUUCCACAGAUGCCAUCCGCCGCGGCGUCGACAAGGGCCUCAACAAGCUGCAACAAGCUGCCCUGGCCAAGGGCGAGGGCGCCGAGCAGGACCGCUACGGCGACCACAUGAGCAUCGGCGACCGUGGCUACAACGCCAUGAAGUCAGCGGCCAAGUACAAGGGCGAUGGAGCCGAGCAAGACCGAUACAACGCACACUUCAGCCCUGCGCUGCACAGCAUCGAUGCUGCCAAGGCGAUACAAGCUGCGGGAAGCGUGGCUGCCAACGGAGAGAAGAACGCCAAGUACUUCGGUCUUGGAUACGAUGGUCAGCAGAGGGCGAAGCUGAUGGCCGGUAGCGGCAUGGGAGCUGAGCAGGACCGUCUCGGUCAGCAUUUCCACCUCACCAGGGACGCCGUCGCCGAUGCCGCACAACGGGUCAAGGACGGUGCGAAGGACGUUCUCCCCAGGAGGUAG